CUGGCUCUCCUUAUAAGCCAACACAGCUACUGCCCACACUGUACACACAGCUCACUGUGCUCUGUUGACCCUUGCAGCAGCUGACGCAUCGGAUAGCGCAAUGUCGAACAUCGCAGCUUACCUGGCUCAGAAGAAGGCCCGGGCCGAGGGUGAGGGCAGCAAUGACAGGGCCAUUCCCUUCAACAAGCAGGACUUCCAGGCUUUGCAGCAGCAGUGCCUGCAGAGCCGGAGCCUGUUCUGCGAUGACAGCUUCCGCGCCGAGCCAGCCUCGCUUGGCUACAAUGAGCUGGGCCGCUACUCGCCCAAGACCAGGGGAGUGGAGUGGAAGAGACCCACGGAGCUUUGUGCAAAACCUCAGUUCAUUGUCGACGGAGCAAAUCGGACCGAUAUCUGUCAGGGAGCUCUGGGGGACUGCUGGCUGUUGGCAGCCAUCGCGUCCUUGACCUUGGACCAAGACAUCCUGGCACGGGUGGUUCCACAAGGACAGAGCUUCCAGGAGAACUAUGCUGGCAUUUUCCAUUUCCAGUUUUGGCAAUAUGGCGAGUGGGUGGACGUGGUGAUCGAUGACCGGCUGCCCACCAGAGAGGGGAAGUUACUGUUCGUCCACUCUGCUGAGGGAUCUGAGUUCUGGAGCGCCCUGCUGGAGAAGGCCUACGCCAAACUGAAUGGCUGUUAUGAGGCUUUGAGUGGAGGGUCUACCACUGAGGGCUUUGAGGAUUUCACUGGUGGCAUCUCAGAGAUGUACGAGCUUGAUAAAGCUCCACCUUACCUCUUCAAGGUCAUCCAGAAGGCUCUGAGACUAGGCUCACUACUGGGAUGUUCUAUCGAUAUCACCAGCAGCAGCGAAACCGAGGCCAUCACCCGUCAGCAGCUGGUGAAAGGUCACGCUUAUUCAGUCACCGCAGCAGAGGAGGUCAGCUAUUACGGCAGGCCCAUGCAGCUGGUGCGGAUCAGAAACCCCUGGGGGCAAGUGGAGUGGACAGGACCUUGGAGUGAUAAUUCAAGGGAAUGGGACGGUGUCCGUCGUGAGGAGAAGGAAAUGCUGGACAUUCAAGCUGAGGAUGGAGAGUUCUGGAUGGCCUACUCAGACUUCAUAAGGCAGUUCUCCAAGUUGGAGAUCUGUAACCUGACACCCGACACACUGACCAGCGACACGGUGGCUCGCUGGAACCAUUACCAAUUUGACGGCACUUGGGUCAUGGGUGCCACUGCUGGAGGUUGCAGGAAUAACGCAGCCACCUUCUGCUCCAACCCCCAGUUCACGAUCAAGCUGGAGGAGGUGGAUGAUGACCCCCACGAUGGCGUUGAUGGAUGCACCUUCCUCAUGGGCCUUAUGCAAAAGGAUGGCCGCAGGGAGAAACGCUUUGGCCGGGACCUCAACACCAUCGGUUUCGCCAUUUACAAGGUUCCAGAUGAGUACUUGGGCCGCACCAACAUCCACCUGGGCCCUGACGUGCUCCUGAGGCAGCGCGCCGUGGCCAUGAGCAGCACCUUCAUCAACAUGCGUGAGGUCAGCAGCCGCUUCAAGCUACCGCCUGGCCAUUACAUCGUGGUCCCCUCCACCUUUGAGCCACACAAGAAGGGAGCCUUUGUCCUCCGCUUCUUCUCCGAGAAGCAGGCUGCCACCAGUCCUAUGGAAGAUGAUGUCCAAUCAGAAGUACAGGAGCAUGAUAUUUCUGAACAUGAUGUGGAUCCUCAUUUCAAACACCUGUUCUUGCAGAUUUCUGGGCCAGAUGCUGAGGUGUCUCCGUUUGAGCUUGUGCAAAUUCUAAACAGCAUAGUCUCUAAAAGAUCUGAUAUAAAGACAGAUGGAUUUAGCCUCGACACCUGCCGCAACAUCGUCAGCCUUUUUGAUAAAAGUGGAAACUCCAAGCUGGGCCUCCUUGAGUUCCAUGCUCUAUGGAUGAAGAUGCAGAAAUACCUGGAAAUCUUCAAGACAUACGACACUGACAAUUCUGGCACCAUGAGUUCCCAUGAGAUGCGAGAUGCUCUAGCAGCUGCAGGGUUCCAGGUGAACAGCACUAUUCUCCAAGUCAUUGUUUCACGCUACGCUGACACAGAGUACGGCAUCGACUUUGAUUCCUUUGUGGCCUGCCUGAUCCGCCUGGAGAUGCUCUUCAAUAUGUUUAAAACCCUUGAUAAAAUGAACAGUGGGAAGAUCGAGCUGGACAUCUCACAGUGGCUCUGCCUGGCACUUCAUUAAAAUCAAAUGCAAAAAUUGGCUGCAAAAACUACAAGACUUCAGAAAAGAUGAAGAUGUGUGCUGUGCAUCGUCACAUUGCCCGUAAGCAGCCAGUUUAUUGCUGUCCACAAAAAUUACCUGCAUAAAGUACAUUUGUAAUGAAUCACAUCAUUGAUAUAAUGAUUUGAGAUUUCAGUUGUUUUUUAAAGCAGUAUAUUCACGACUGGAUAUACAUGUGACACUGAUGAAUUUCACUAACUCAAAUUAAACCAUCUACUAAAACAAAA